ACAUGUGCGAAAUCCAUCAUGGCGCCGAUUUCGUGAUGGAUCCGCAAAUUUUCCCUAACUUUUAGCACAACGAUAUGCGCUUUAAUUCUUAAUUUCUAGAUUCUAAUUGAUACUUGACAUGCUCGUGUAGAACUUAAGGUAUCCAGAAUCUGAGAUUGGAGAAAAGGUCGUUCUUCAAGAGAUGGAAUCUGAAGAGGAGGAGCAGAUUGCCUCACCUAACGAAGACUCUGAUUCUAGGGAGGCAAGUCCUGCUGGGAGUUUCCAUGAAGAAAGGUCUGGGGGAGACUUCAUUCCGGACCUUGAAGGACUUCAGGACGAUGACCAACUAUUGGUUCUGACCGAGGACCCAGAAAGUCCCGCUUCUCCGGGUGCAUGGAGUAAUGGAGAUGAACUUGAAGUUGUGCAGGACCCAGAAAGUCCUGCUUCUCUGAGUAACAGAGAUGAACUUGAAGAUGUGGAGGACCCAGAAAGUCCUGCUUCUCCGAGUAACAGAGAUGAACUUGAAGAUGUGGAGGAGGUAACAUACCAGCGUGGACCACACACUCCUAGCGACAAUGAAGGAGAGCUGAUGACCCCUAAGAGUCCCAGUAAUAACUCGGCAGGAAGCAGCAGCGAGGAAGAAAAUGAGGGGUCAGAAGGGAACUCAGCCGAUGAGAGAGAGGCCGAUAUCGAAAGUCCUGUGCAAAAAGGUGUUGGAGAAGCUAUGUGCAGUCCCAUGACAGUGAGUGACGAAGGGGAAAGUGAUGGUGAAAAUGAAGACACAGCAGGACAACCUGAAGAAACCAUGGAAGGAAUUACAGAAGGAGACGAAUCAGGAAGACUUGAGAGAGGGGAGGCUGAUGUUGAAGGAAGGGAAGAGAAGGAAUCUCGUCAAGAGAUGGAUGAUGAUACCAGGGAUGAUGGAGAUAACGGAGAGAGAGGAGAAGACAGUAUUGAGAAAGAGGGAGUGACCCCAUCUGAGGAUGGGGAUGUAUCAAGUUUUCCGAGAACUAAGGCAAGCCCUGAAAUUGACGACUCCCCAGAAGUUGCAAAUGAUGAGGAUCAAGAGGUUGAUAACUCAAGUAAUGAGGAACAUGAACAACCUGUCUACGGAGCAGUUGUGGAUCGCGAAGAGGAAGCUGAACAGUCUGUGCAGGAAACAGAUCAGCAUCAACCGCCAAGUCCGGCCGAGAUGCUGGGAUCCGAUCGUCAGUCACCCGUUGUGGAACUGGUCGAACAGACUCGGGCUGUUAGCUUAGAUAGUGCAAGGGAUCAGGAGACAGAACAUGCGGAGAAGGCAGAGACCUUGCCGUCGAUCAAUCAAGACCUAUCAUCUGUGGAUGAGGCACAGGGUAGAUUAGACCAGAACGUAAUAAAGGAGGCGAAUGCAGGGGAUAAUGAUGCGUGUAGCGACACGCCUCCGGACAAUGUCUCAGAAACGUGUGCUGCUGACAAGCAGGACAUCCCUGCAGCUAGCUCAGGAAGCAACAACAUUAAUGCUGCACAAGGGGAUCUUGACGUGGAGGAAGGAAAUGACCAGGACAGUUCUUCAAAUCUCCACGUCACCUGCAGCAAAGCUGAUAACAAAAGUGAACCCCCAGAUAAAGAGGCUUGCCUGGAGAGAGAAACUGGCAGCACAAGUCCUGAUCAGCUAAUAGCCCAUGCGGCUUCCGAUUCCGUUGAAAAUGUUAUGCAAAAAUCCCCCAGUAUGCCUGACCAGUCAGUGCUGACUGACCAAUCGGUGGAGGAAACUGGCCAAACACUAGCAGCUGCCCCCGUAAAGGACCAAUCAGAAAAGGCUGCCACAUCUGGACCCAGCCAAUCAGAGAUGCUGGAUGUUCAUCACAUUGACGACCACGCAGAUGAGCUGGACUAUGAGGAGGAUGUGGAGGACCAUGAGAAGAUUGGCAAAGAUGGGAAGGAGGAGGGAGAAGAUGGCAUUGAUGCAGAAGAAGGUGAAGAAGAUGACGAAGGUGAACUGGAAGACGAUGAGGACAUGGAAGAAGGAGAAGUCAAGGAACCAGGCAGCAGGAGGCCAUUUGUGAAGAAAGUCUGCCGCUUCUACAAUGAGGGGAAGUGCACGUGGGGGUCCAACUGUCGAUUUGUGCACCCCGGUGUGAACGAUAAAGGGAAUUAUUCCAUGAUCGACCGACGGGAGCUUCAUGAAGCCACAGCUAAACUGCUUGGUAUCCCUCAAGCCCCUCCUGCAACAGCGCCGCCACGGGCCUUCUCACCUCCCCCUCCACCCCCAAGCGAGCCGGUGGCAGAGUCCGCAUGGGAACGAGGCCUACGACACGCCAAGGAAAUUCGUAAGAAAGCUAUGAUGCGCAAAGAACAGGAUCACAACUUUGAGGAGAAGAGAAUGCUGGGCGGCAUUCCUUAUGAAGAAGAGAGAGACUAUGAUAAGGAGAAUGACUUCACGCUGCCUCAGGGCAAUGCAAACUAUGAGGAGUUUUAUGGUUUCAGCAUAGUUGAUGAUGAAGCGCCCCCUAACGACAACAGAGACAGUUUCUUCCAGCAGCAGUUCGAGGUGUAUAAUGCCCAGUAUCAACGGCGAGAGCCCCCUCAGCAGUAUGACUACCGCAGGCCUGGGAAAGACAGGCAGUGGCAAGAGGAACGUGAGGAAAUGGAACGCAGGGACAUGGCCCGGCAGCGCCAACGGGAGAUCAACCGUAUGCGGGAGCGUCCGCGGGACAUCAUGCGGGACAGGCGCUCCCCGCCCCGCCCGCUAUCCAGGGAAAGGCCCCCACCAGGCAACAGUCGAACAAUCAGGGAGGACUUUGACCGGCCGCUGCGAGAAGAGCGUAGACGGAAGGAGAUAGGACCGGCUCCGGGGCACGGCGGCCGGCCCGCUGAUGCCUGGCAGGACCCCUGGGCGCGGUCCCGUUCACCGAAAGCCAAUGCAAGGGCGGCUGGACGGAGGCGACGGUCGUACUCCUAUUCCUCAGACUCUUUCAGUGAUUCCUCAUUUUCUUCAAGAUCUCGAUCCCGUUCCCACUCAUCUUACUCCUCGAGCAGCCGAUCCUCCUCAGGCAGCUCCUUCAGUCGCUCCUCCUUCUCCCGCUCUCGCUCUCGGUCCUACUCCAGAAGCCGGAGCCGCUCACCCAGGCCUGGCCGUGGGGAGUUAACAGGCCGGGCCCGGCCUGGAAUCGGGCGAGGAAGACCCUCUGCCCCUGUGGGUCGGUCUGGCCAGACGCAAGGGCCAGCCCAGCCGGGCAAGGCUGGGCCAGUCAGCGGACCAGGCAGAGGGGCUGCGUCGGGUCUCGGGAGAGGGACCACCGUGACUACAGGAAGUAGAGGGACUGCCAGUAACAAGCCAGCGUCAGCCAAAGGGCCUACCAGUGACACCAGUCUGCCCAUUAAGAGACCCGCCCUGGCCACGCCUCCCCUGGCCAAACCCUCCCUGGCGGCCAAGGCCACGCCUUCCAGGGCCCCGCCUACCAAGGCUGUGCCCCAGCCCAAGGGGGUUGGCGAGCUCGCUAGGCGGGUGCAACCAGAACUCAGUAGACCGCACACUGCACCGCCAACACAACAGAAGAAACCAGGCAGUGUUGGUCCGUCAGAUAAGAGAGCCAUAGGUAGCAGGAAAUCACCAGACGUUAGGAAAAUGCCCCCUGGCAGGCAGAUUCGCCCUCGGACCCGCAGCAGCAGCAGCAACAGCAGUUUCAGCAGUCGCAGCAGCCAUUCCAGCUACAGUAGCCUGAGUCGCUCGCGCUCGCGCUCGGGCAGUCGCUCGCUCAGCUCCGUCUCUUCUUACUCCAGCAUCUCCUCCAGCGAGAGUGACCUGUCGCUGCGACGACCGUCCACCAUGAAGGGAAUCGACGGGAAACGUCUGCCGCCAAACACCAAAAUCCCCAAAGUCGGCAUUCCUGCACUUCAACCUCGGCUCAGCAAAGCACCCCCAGUGCCAUCCAACAGGAGCUCCAAAACCCCAGCAGUGACCCAGGCAAAGUCAUCCAAGCCCCCACCCAGCAGCAAGCCUCCACCCAGCAACAAGGCGCCACCCAGCAGCAAGGCUCCACCCAGCAGCAAGGCUCCACCCAGCAGCAAGGCUCCACCCAGCAGCAAGGCUCCACCCAGCAGCAAGGCGCCACCCAGCAGCAAGGCGCCACCCAGCACCAAGGCUCCACCCAGCAGCAAGGCUCCACCCAGCAGCAGGGCGCCGCCCAGCAGCAGGGCUCCACCCAGCAACAAGGCUCCAUCCAGCAGCAAGGCACCACCCACGGUCAAGCCACCAUCCAACAAACCGGCGCCUGUCAAAACAGCAUCAACCAAGCCCCCUGCAAGCAGCAGCAGUAGUAAGCCCUCUAGCAAGCCUGCCUCUGCGCCUACCAAACCUCCAACCAGCAACAGCAGGCAGUCUCCCAGCAGAAGCAGCAAAGCAGUGCCCAGUAGCAAGACUGCGCAAGCACCGGCCAAAACGGCCCCGGCGCCGGCAAAGCAGAAGAGUGCUCCAAAACCAGCCGCCACCUCCAGAGACAAGGAUAAAGAGAAGUCCAGAUCGACGUCGGGGACUACGCCUAGUGCACCGUCAGGAUCGUCCAGUGUGGCAUCGGCAACACAGAGACAACAUAGCACCUCCGUGCCAGUUGCAGCAGCCCCACGGUCAAACACACUGAAAGUGACAGCCCACAAAGACAUCAAGCUGACGCUGCUGAACAAGCCUGCAGCCGACCCCAAGAAGCGUUCCACUGAUUCUCAGUCCAACCAGGCAAGCAAGAAGACGUCAGCUACUCCUGCACAGUCCAAGACCUCCACAGACAAGGAUCGUAAGUCCACCAGACCUCCUGUCGCCAGCCCAACCACUGCCAAGAAGCCCACGACGUCUGGAGAUGCUAACCGCAAGACCGGCGCGCCGGGCUACACCAGCAAGACCGCCCCCAAGCCGUCCACUGGUGACCGCAAGCGUCCAUCCUCCCCAACCGCCCUGAAGGGACAGCCGCCCGCCAAAGUGCCUGCCCGGACCGCCCCUGCAACAGGAGCUGGCGCAAAGCCUACCACAGUGGCCGCGGCCGCGGCAGCCAACAAGCCUGCAGGUACUGCUAAGCCAGCGGGAAGCGCAGCACCCAAGAAGAGCACCACCGUGUCUCGUCGGGAAGAACUCUUGAAACAGUUGCGGGCUGUGGAGGACGCCAUCGCUCGAAAGAAGGCCAAACUCAAGUAGAGCCUUGAAUGGAAUCACAUUUUAUAUUUUUUUUGUCUUUUAUUAUAGCAUUCAGCCUGUCAUCUCACAGGGGCACAGUUUGCAAAAUUACUCAUUGAAUUGAUGAUCAAGCUGUGACAUUGUAUCCCCACUAAGAAACAAAUUGAGGUGGUCACAGACAAGUACUCUAAUCUGGGAGUUGUUUCAGCCUCUGUAAUUCAUAUGUAUGAUGUAAUAUCCCCAAUGGCAGAUGGCCCAUUCGCACUGAACCACCAGCUCGUAUUAAGGGCAUCUUAGUUGCUGCUGUGUGAUCUUGUCACACUGCCAGUGACCCCACUUUCAUGUGUACUGUGAUGGCAAAAGAACAUGCCAUAGCACAACAUUUUAACAGAAUCCCAUCAGGUACCUUCGGGGUUUUAAUUCUUGCAGUAGACUUGAUACUGCCUUGCCUAAAGAUGGCCCUGAAGAUCAAAUAUAUCACAUCCAACACAUGGUCAUCACCAAUGUUUCACUACUUUCCGACAAAAUCUUGUUGCGUAUUUCAAGAGGACGACAAGCAUUUAACAAGCGUUUAACAGGAACUCAUUUCUGUUCCUGAAAAAUCAAAGAUGCAUUGGAAGCAUUGUAGAUACUUCUGCUUCUGCUGGGUACUACAACAAUCUCAGCUACGGGAUAUGUAAGUUGCAGGUGCGUGGUGGCUAGCGGAUGCUAGCCACUGCUUGACAUAUAUGUCCAGUGGGCAACACUUAUUGGGCCCUGUGCGCCAAUGAAAGGGGGCGCCCUUUUACCUAGCAACGAUGUCCCAUGGGCGGGACAUUUAGCUGAUUGACGCGCACCGUUC